UAUUGGGGAUAUAGGUUUUACCAGUCCCGCGUUCGUCUGCCAGGCUUGAUCAAGGCGAAGGAUGUCGUUUCUGUGGGAGAAGAGCGAGACGUGGAGAUGGGUAGUGAGGAAAACCAGGGAUUCGAAGCCCUUCUUCUUCGCAUUCGCCACCGUCUGCGGCGUCGUUCCCGGAGUUAUUGGCUACUGCGUCAUGCAAGCCACCAAUUCCCGCAACGAGCAACUCGAAGCCCGCCUCCGCCAGAAUGCUAGACCCGAAUCUCUCAUGAUGGGGCAAGUGAAUCGGGAGAGACUGGCAGAAUAUCUUGGCGAGCUGCAGAGGAAAGAGGACACAAACGAUCGCUACGUUGCUGCUCUGAAGGGAGAGACGUUGACAAGGAAGCCAUAUGUGAGAAUUCAACCAAUCCCAACCGAAGGCAACGAUGCUGCUGACAAGGAACAAAAGAUCAAGAAGGAAAAUAAAUAAGUGGGUAUGUGCUGGUGAGAUUUUGGAACGUGAUCUUGCUGUUUUUGGGUACAUCGUAAUGGUAUAAGUUCUGAAAACUUCAACUUUGUAUGGAAUUGGUAUGAUGUAACAACUAACUUUUCAGAAGCUUUGUUUGUUCCAAAUGCUUUAUGUUACCAGUACCACCACGAGUUAGUCCUACUCAUUGACAGGCUUUGUGAAGCUAAUGGAAAUUUUUAUCAAAUCUUGAUUUA